GGAAUUUGUGGCUCCUUCUCUUCCACUCUAAAUACCAGAUUUUCACUCAACCCACAUUCCGGGAGCCGAGCCGACCCAACGCCGAAUCUCUUCAGCUUCAAUGCCUUCUCUUGCUAUUUGAUAAGGUAUCGUACAACUUCUCCUUUAUCAAAGACAAGGGUGCUGGAUGCUAUGGCUAUGGCGUCUUCCUAUAUUCCCAAGGGUUAUGGCAUUAUUAUAGAGAGUAGCUCCCAUGGAAUUAUUUCUUCUGCUUCACGUUCAUGUCCAUGUUAUCUUACUGUCUUAUGUGCUUACAACCACUCUAAAUGCCUGCCAUCCCUUUCCUUGCGCCACAGAAUUAACUAUCAUCUCCUGUACAGAACAAACUACACUAGUAAGCCGUCACCAUUUUCACCUUACUUUGCAUCUGGCGGAGAAGGGAGAUUCCGUCUUAAAUGCAGACAUACCAAGCUUGCCAUAUUCAAGAUACAAGCAUCAGUGGAUGUUGCCACUCCUGUUGAAGUUAUCAAUGACUUGGGCUUGGACACUUUAACAUUUUUAGCUGUAACUGUAUUGGUGGUUCCUGCUUUCAAAACAAUCAAGGCUAGCCCUAUCCUAGGUUUCUUCUUUGCAGGAGUUGUUCUCAAUCAAUUGGGUCUGAUUAGAAAUCUUAUAGAUGUUAAAAUUCUCUCUGAGUGGGGAAUCCUGUUCUUGUUAUUUGAGAUGGGUCUGGAGCUCUCACUCGCUCGCUUGAGGGCACUUGCUAAAUUUGCCUUUGGGCUUGGGCUCACUCAGGUGAUAUUAUCUACUCUUGCCUUUACUGCAUUUGAGCUUCCACCAAAUAAUGCUCUUGGAACAAGAAUAUUGGAGUUUCUAUUCCACUCAAGACCUGACUUGGUCAAUAUCCGAAGCAUUGAUGAAGCUGUGGUAAUAGGUGCUGCUCUUUCCUUGUCAUCCUCAGCAUUUGUCCUUCAGCUUCUUGCAGAAAAAGGGGAACUCCCGACUAGAUUUGGCUCAGCGACUUUAGGGAUACUUUUAUUACAGGAUAUUGCAGUCGUCCCGCUUCUUGUGAUAUUGCCAGUUUUGGAGAGCCAGAAUUUGGUCGAAGAAAGUGUUUGGCCAAUGCUUGUACAAGAAAGUUUAAAAGCUUUACUUGGAUUAGGCCUGCUUUCUCUUGGAGGGAAAUAUUUUCUGAGGCGGGUUUUUGAGGUAGUUGCAGAUGCAAGAAGUUCAGAAGCUUUUGUUGCUCUAUGCUUGCUUACAGUUGCUGGGACAUCACUUAUAACACAGAAAUUGGGCUUCAGUGAUACGCUAGGAGCAUUUCUGGCUGGGGCCCUUCUAGCAGAAACAAACUUCCGAACGCAGAUUGAAGCUGAUAUUAGACCUUUUAGGGGUUUACUUCUUGGGCUAUUUUUUGUGACAACUGGAACUUCAAUUGAUAUGCAGGUUCUUAUUCGAGAGUGGCCAAAUGUGUUCUCACUCUUAGCAGGGUUAAUUGUUAUUAAGACACUGAUUAUAACAGCAAUAGGUCCAAGAGUUGGACUAACUCUCCAAGAGAGCAUAAGAAUAGGCUGGCUUCUCUCCCAGGGAGGUGAAUUUGCCUUUGUGGUUUUUUCUUUGGCAAACAGGCUUGGAGUGCUACCACUUGAACUGAAUAAACUACUUAUAAUUGUUGUUGUCCUGUCAAUGGCUUUGACUCCUUUACUCAAUGACAUAGGGAGAAAGGUAGCAGAUUUUGUUGGCGAGAAGUUUGGAGAUGAGGCUAAACUUGAUGACUCUGUGAACUUUGAUGUUAGUGACCCUGUUGUUAUAGUUGGAUUUGGGCAAAAGGCUCAGGUGCUUGCCAAUUUCUUGUCCACUCCAUUGGCUUCUGGGGUAGAUGGCAGCGUUGGUGCAGGAUGGCCAUAUGUUGCUUUUGACCUUGACCCUUCCGUUGUGAAGUUAUCUAGAAAACUAGGUUUCCCUGUUCUCUAUGGUGAUGGCUCCCGUCCGGCUGUUUUGCAAUCUGCUGGUAUCAAUUCUCCGAAAGCUGUUAUGAUCAUGUACACAGGGAAGCAGAGAACUAUUGAGGCUGUUCAGAGGACCCGUUUGGCUUUUCCUGGGAUUCCCAUAUAUGCUCGUGCUCAGGACAUGAGACAUUUGUUAGAUCUGAAGAAAGCUGGUGCAACUGAUGCCAUUCUAGAAAAUGCUGAGACAAGUUUACAACUUGGCUCCAAGCUUCUUAAGGGGCUCGGUGUCAUGUCAGAUGACGUGAGUUUCCUGAGUCAAAUAGUGAGAGAUUCAAUGGAAUCGCAAGCUCAAGAAGCCUUAUCAAAAACAGACGAGCAGGAAUUGAAUGUCAUGAAGCCAUUGAAGGUGAGGGUUGCUGACAUAAUUGAGGAGCAAAAUAACAACCAGCCACGAAAAAUGAAUGGAAACAGUACAUUGAAGUUGUCGACAGCAGGAGUUGAUGGAUCUCUCUCCGGGCCUGGGAUUGAGAACGACGAGGAUGAGGCUAGAGGAGUGCUGUAUUGUGAGAUCGAUGUAGAAAGACACACUGAUGAAGGUGAUGCUAGCGAGUAACCAGCCGAGUUGGCUUUUCUAAUGAGGGGAGGAGGCUUCAAGGUAAUUGGCUUUUCUUGAUGCAAUUUAUGAGCAUUGGAUUCUAUUGAAUUUUGCUUAUUAUUACUAUUGCAUGUAUAUAUGAAAAUUGUGCAAAUACAUAACAUAAGCAGGGGGGUGGUCUAAAUGACAAAUUCUAGUAACCACUGCUUGUACAUACAUACAUACAGCCAUUGUUUACUACAUGGGACUAAUUAAUAUUUGUAUUAUAUUAA